CGGCAGUUUCACCGCUUGCGUUAUGCGAGGAAGCGUCGCCAGCCGCGGCGACCUAUCGCGGAUUGUGAAGCCGUCACAGGCCCUCCGACUCAUUCUGGAUACAGUGUCGCUCCUACUUCACGCUGACACGCCAGGUGGAAGUUCACUCACAUCGCUACAAGUGAUCGACCUCCUCCUGCACGCUGGCGAAGAGACCCUAGCAUCUCUUCAUGCCUUCGACACAUCCAAGGUUUCAGCUGAUGUCCACGACAGUUUAUUUGCGUUGCUGCAUCACGAUUAUUUCGACGCCGCUGCUGCCUCGUUGGAAGCGGGGCAAGUUGUCACAGACGUGUGUGUGGCCCUUGCUGCCAUCGAGAAGAGCCUGAUUCAAGAGCAUCUGGACCAGAAACGCACGUUGCCCACCACGUCGUUCUGCAUUUGCGUGGAUGGCAGCCGUGUCGCACGGGUGGCGUGCGACGUGGGGGUGUCGCUGCGGCGCCAAGGCAUGGUGCAUGUGUGCUGCAUCGACGAAUUCUCGACCGAAUCGCGGUACUCGCCAGAGUUCAUCACCAAAGACAUUACCGCGUUGUGCCGGCAACAAGGCGUGCCCGACGGCAAGUUUGUCGUCCGUGCCCAAGCGCAGCGACUGACGCAAAGCACAAUUUCAUCUCAACUGUUGGAGCUCCGAGAUUCGUGUCGAGCAGAUUUUAUUGUCGUUGGCGCGGUGGGGACAAAGGGGCCCCAGCCCUCUCAGCUCGGCAGCAACACCAUGCGCGCCAUUCGCGGCAGUCCCGUGCCAGUCAUCAUCGUGCCGCCGGUCCCCUCCUCGUACCCCGCGCCCCCUCCCACCAAGCCCCGGGUAUUUGUCGUAGCCAUGGACAACUCCCCCAUCGCGUCCAAGUGUUUUGACACGGCCCUGAAACUUCUCCACCCUCUCGACCGACUGCAUGUCCUGCAUAUUCAAAUUCCGCCGCACCCCCUUGCCGUGGAGUCGUCCGACCAGUUCGCUGCCACCCGUGCGCCGAUCUACACUGCCAAGCUAGCCAACGCCGAGGUCCUUGGGUCGGUGGAUGUGGUCCCCCACUCCCCCGGUACCACUGUCGCCGAGCAGAUCCAGUGCUACUUAGCCGACUCUCGCGCACAAUUUAUCGUGUUUGGACUCACGGGGGAAACGCAUUUGGCUCGAAAGACUUCGUCGGCGUCGCCCCCCCAGCCGCUCUCAAUGCUGAGCAAACAGUCAACUACCGCAUCGAGUACCGCUAAUGUCGUGCCCGUCGGCCGCGUGGCCUCGAGCCUCCUUCUAUCGCCCCGAUGUGUACUCGUGGUUUGCAAAGAAUCAAAUUCAUAGACUCUUUGACGUAAUGUAGUAGUUACAUGUGUGAUCAUUCGUGC